AAAAUUAGUAGUCAAUAAAUGGUGAAUGGAGCGGUUUGUCGAGAGAGUACCAGCUCUUUACUACGAACACUAUUCACUAGAUUACUUAUCCGAGCUAGCUAAUUCGUGUUAUUACAAAGGAAUAAACCAAACUACCAAACUAAAAAACCCCCAUUUUUCGCAAUGACAAAAUAGUCAAAAAAACACCAGUCCGCCCAUACACAACAAGCCAAUUACUAAUGAUGAAACAACUUUCAAAACAAUUUCAACGGAAAUUACACAUAUCCCCAGUAGUAUCACUACCUGAAACAACUAAAAUACAUAUCCCCACACAAGAAGAGGAAGAUGCCGAGAUCCAUUCCAUACUUGUAAAGCUUGUAAAACCAAAAGACGAUACUCCCCCUUUGACAGACCCCAGUUUAAUAGCACUAUAUAACAAUUGGCGAUUGCCUGUCACGUCACAAUUGCCAUUACAAUCACCAAACAAGGAACUCACUCCGUUUGAAUUCUAUUCUAAACAUAACAGCAGCAAGUCAUAUGUGAACAAUCCCCGUUUAGGAGUCACGCGUAUGCUAAACAGCAGCUGGUGUGAAUUGAGACAAUACUAUCAAAUCUAUGCCGGAUCACCAACGGUUGAACCGACAGAGGCGAUGCAAAUGGGAUCGGAGGUUCAUUUAAAUUUGGAACGAGAGAUUCAUCCUGAAGUUGAUGUCACCACAGUGGAAAUGUUACUCAAGGAGAAUUUUAAAAAGAUUAGGGACAGAGGAAUCCUUACUAAUGAACAGCUGAAAAUGUUGAACCACUUGAUUUUUACGUCUGAAGGCAGAAAGCAAGUCACGGACUGGGCCGAUGCAAUCAUUGGCAGGUUGUUUACUUUGCUCACUACAGGAGAGGCCAGGGAGAUUAUGGUGCACGGAUAUAUAAACUUUGACCAACGGGUAUUUGUUCACGAUAUUGAAGAGUUGCCUAGAGGGCAAGAGAACAAGAAGGUUUUAAUCAGUGGGAUAGUUGAUCAUUUCAUAUUGGAGAACAAAGAUUUGGGCAAAUAUACCUAUUUUAAAGAACACGAGUCAUUGUUUGAUGAUUUUGACGAGUAUCUUCUGUUUGAAAUGCCCGAAUUCAAAAACGAAGAACACAAAGUUGACUUGAACAAGUUCUUUGAGUCUGCCCGGGAAAUCGUGCACAAGCACAAGGAUAAAUACAACUUGAUUUUGACCGAUGUCAAAACCAGGAAAUCAGAUUUUGCACCCAAACAACAAUCAGUGCUUGCCUCAGCAAAACUUCAAACUUUCUACUAUAGACACAUGUUUGAAUUGUUAUCCGGAAAUCCUGAAUUCGGUUAUUACAGUCUUUUAGCAAAUGCCCAAAAGAAAGGAUUCAACAUUGAUGAACCAUUGAGCAUAAUCGCAGUAUUCACUAUCCUCCGAUCAAACUAUAAAUUAUUCUUUACUGAUUUCAUGAAACUAGCCAACGGUGAGCCCAUCGGAUUUGCUCCAUAUGACAGCGACGUUAACUCGGAACCAUAUGAAUUCGGUAAAGUGUUUCAAAUGAGUGAUGAAUUCUCGUGGGAUACCCCCAAGCACGACAAGUUUCUCCAACGGAUGGGUGAACUUGACACUGAUGUAGAUUAUCAAGAAAUUCUCGUGCCGUUGCUACGUACCUGGAAAACGGCACCUACCUUGCGAUACCUCGCAGCCCGAGCCAGCCAAUUCUACAACUUAUUCCAUGGAAUUGCCAUCCCCAAGACCAAGAUCGAGUAUACUAGCACGCAAACCGGGAAAGUGUUUGAAACGAGAACAUACUCGUACAAUUAUGACGAGUUAGAAAGUAGUAUUGAGGAGGGAUGUUCAUUUUGGGAUGGGAGCAGGGAUCCCGAGCCCACGAUUGAUUUGUCACGAUGCACUUAUUGUCAAUUUAAAAGUAAAUGUGUGGUUCCUAAUGGUGGAGGUGGAGAUAAAACCAGAUCAAGAACUGAUAUCGUACGGCAAUUUUUACAUGAUUAUGAGGAACCGCCCGAAGAUCUUGAUUUGGAAACGGCGAUACUUGCGGAAAGCACAAGGAAGGUGCCUGAAACUGAUAUAGGAAGUUCAUGAACGGGUCUAUUGGGUAUGUGGUCUGAAGUUAUCUGGAUCUAGGGUAGUGGUUUUUCAUCUUCAGCCAAUUGAGUUUAUGCUGAAACAUGUAGAUGUUUUCGCGU